CGCCCCGCCCCCUUGUACUUCCGUGUGCAGCGGCGCGGGAGGCGGCGGCCCUGGGAUCCCCGGAGCGACCCCCGGCACCCGCCGGUCGCGCCGAGGCGGGGACGGUACUUCACCCGCCGCCGGGCCCGUCCGGGUCUGGCCCCACCAAGACCCACGUCUGAGCGCACGCCCAGGAGCCGCGCCGGGAGCCGGACCCCAGCUGCCGCGACCCCUGGCGCCUGGCCCUGCGCUUGGAGGCCCCAUCAUGGCACCGUUCCUGCGCAUUGCCUUCAACUCCUACGAGCUGGGCUCCCUGCAGGCCGCGGAUGAGGCAAACCCCCCCUUCUGUGCUGUGAAGAUGAAGGAGGCACUCAGCACAGAGCGCGGGAAAACGCUGGUGCAGAAGAAGCCCACCAUGUACCCGGAGUGGAAGUCCACGUUUGAUGCCCACAUAUACGAGGGCCGCGUCAUCCAGAUUGUGCUCAUGCGGGCAGCUGAGGAGCCAAUGUCCGAGGUGACAGUGGGCGUGUCAGUGCUGGCCGAGCGCUGCAAGAAGAACAAUGGCAAGGCCGAGUUCUGGCUGGACCUCCAACCCCAGGCCAAGUUGUUGAUGUCUGUACAGUAUUUCCUGGAAGACGGAGAUUGUAAGCAGUCUCUUCGGGUUGAAGACGAGGCCAAGUUCCCAACAAUGAUCCGCCGUGGAGCCAUCAAACAGGCCAAAAUUCACUACAUCAAGAACCACGAGUUUAUCGCCACCUUCUUUAGGCAGCCCACCUUCUGUUCUGUGUGCAAAGAUUUUGUUUGGGGUCUCAACAAGCAAGGUUACAAAUGCAGGCAAUGCAACGCUGCCAUCCACAAGAAAUGCAUCGACAAGAUCAUCGGCCGGUGCACCGGCACAGCCACCAACAGCCGGGACACCUUAUUCCAGAAAGAACGUUUCAACAUUGACAUGCCGCACCGAUUCAAGGUGUACAACUACAUGAGCCCCACCUUCUGUGACCACUGUGGCAGCCUGCUCUGGGGGCUGGUGAAGCAGGGGUUGAAAUGUGAAGACUGUGGCAUGAAUGUGCACCAUAAGUGCCAGAAGAAGGUUGCCAACCUCUGCGGCAUCAACCAGAAGCUCUUGGCCGAGGCGUUGAACCAAGUCAGCCAGAGAUCCAGCCGGAAGUCAGACACAGAGUCUGCAGAGCCUGUUGGGAUCUACCAGCAUUUCGAGAAGAAGCCAGGAGUCUCUGGAGAUGAUGCCCCAGCAGAUAAUGGCACCUAUGGCAAGAUCUGGGAGGGCAGCACCAGGUGCAACAUUGAGAAUUUCAUCUUCCACAAGGUCCUGGGCAAAGGCAGCUUCGGGAAGGUGCUGCUUGCCGAGCUAAAGGGCAAAAAGGAGUUCUUCGCUGUCAAGGCCCUCAAGAAGGAUGUGGUUCUGAUCGACGACGACGUGGAGUGCACCAUGGUGGAGAAGCGGGUGCUGGCGCUCGCCUGGGAGAAUCCCUUUCUCACCCACCUCUUCUGCACCUUCCAGACCAAGGACCACCUGUUCUUCGUGAUGGAGUUCCUCAACGGUGGGGACCUGAUGUAUCACAUCCAGGACAAAGGCCGCUUCGAGCUGUACCGCGCCACGUUUUAUGCAGCCGAGAUAGUGUGUGGACUACAGUUUCUACACAGCAAAGGGAUCAUUUACAGGGACCUCAAGCUGGAUAACGUGAUGCUGGACCGGGAGGGCCACAUUAAGAUUGCCGACUUUGGGAUGUGCAAGGAGAACAUCCUGGCGGAGAAACAGGCCAGCACCUUCUGUGGCACCCCUGACUACAUCGCCCCCGAGAUCCUGCAGGGCCAGAAGUACUCGUUCUCUGUGGACUGGUGGUCCUUCGGAGUCCUUCUCUACGAGAUGCUCAUUGGUCAGUCCCCCUUCCAUGGUGACGACGAGGACGAACUCUUCGAGUCUAUCCGUGUAGACACACCGCAUUACCCCCGCUGGAUCACCAAGGAGUCCAAGGACAUCCUGGAGAAGCUGCUUGAAAGAGAUCCAACCAAAAGGCUGGGAGUGACUGGGAAUAUCAAAACCCACCCCUUCUUCAAGACCAUCAACUGGACGCUGCUGGAGAAACGUCAGGUGGAGCCACCCUUCAAGCCCAAAGUGAAAUCCCCUGGAGACUACAGCAACUUUGACCAGGAGUUCCUGAGUGAGAAGGCACGCCUCUCUUACAGCGACAAGAACCUCAUCGACUCCAUGGACCAGACAGCAUUUGCUGGCUUCUCCUUCGUGAAUCCCAAAUUUGAGAGGCUCCUGGAGAAGUGAGGUUCCCAGAUAUGCCCCCAAACUCGUCCCAGCCAAGGAGCACCCACCCCCAGCCCAGGGAGAGCAGGCUUGGCCCCCCCCCUGCAUUGUCACCUGCCCGCCCCCCACAAUAAGCAACAGUGUGACUGUGGUGAUUUCUGCUGCUGCCCCACCCCUCCCCCACGAGGGGCCUUGGCUCCUGUCUGGCUGGUCUCUUAAUGGUACUUCCUCUGUGAACCGUGUGAAUUUGCUUUUCCUCUGCCCUCAGAGGGAAACUGUAAAUCCUGUGUUUCAUUACUUGAAUGUAGUUAUCUAUUGAAAAAAUAUAUAUAUAUAUGCAUAUUAUACAUAUAUAAUAGGCUGUACAUAUUGCUCAGUAGAGAAAAAACAUGGACUGGUAAUGUGUUGAUCUUUUAAAAAAAUAUAUAUAUAUACAUAUAUAUGUAUAUAUAUAUAUAUAUAUGUAUAUAUAUAUGAGCAUAAGCUGUUUGAACCACCGGGUUCUUUUAUUUGUAUGUCUAAAUAAACACCAAAUGGUACUGA